UUUAUAUGAAGGAGGGAGGUUAUUCCCUUGGAAACAUGCCCCCAAAUCUUGAUGAAGAACAUACAUUUCGCUGUGAAGAUUGUGAUGAACUUUUUCAGUCUAAGCUUGAUUUAAGGCGGCAUCAGAAAUACGCCUGCAACACGGUCAAUCACAUAUACGAAUCAUUAAACGAAGAGAUCAAGCAGGAAGGCUUUGACGAUGAACAAGUGUAUGAAUGUAAAGACUGCGAGCGCCUUUUCCCUAAUAAAUAUAGUUUGGAACAGCAUAUGAUAAUUCAUACGGAAGAGCGGGAGUACAAAUGUGAUCAGUGUCCGAAGGCCUUCAACUGGAAAUCAAACCUUAUUCGCCAUCAGAUGUCACAUGAUAGCGGCAAACGCUUUGAGUGCGAAAACUGCGUAAAGAGCGACUCCUGGUUUCCAAGUGAUCUCCAUGCCAGAUUACCCAUAUAUUUGAACUGCAACAACAGCUGUGAAGCGGAAUCGCACACACCUAAAGUAGACGUAUUCACAGACCCAAGCAACCUCCAGCGGCACAUCCGUUCUCAGCACGUCGGAGCUCGGGCGCAUGCAUGUCCUGAUUGCGGUAAAACAUUUGCCACCUCAUCAGGGCUCAAGCAACACAAACACAUUCAUAGCACUGUCAAACCUUUCAUAUGUGAGGUCUGCCAUAAAUCGUACACACAGUUCUCCAACCUUUGUCGCCAUAAAAGGAUGCAUGCAGACUGUCGCACGCAAAUUAAGUGCAAGGACUGCGGACAGAUGUUCAGCACUACCUCUUCGCUAAACAAGCACCGUCGUUUCUGUGAAGGCAAAAACCAUUAUAAUCCUGGUGGACUUUUUGCUCCAGGUUUGCCCUUGACAGCUAGCUCCUUAAUGGAUAAGUCUAAACAUCCACCAAACAUUAAUCAUUCUAGCCUUGCUUUUAAUGAUUACUUUACUUCUAGGGCGCAUCCUGGUAACCUUGCUUUUUCCCCAGCCCCACAUCCUUUUCCAUCCCUGGCACCUGGGUUUCCAGGAAUUUUUCCUCCAUCUUUGUAUCCCAGACCUCCAUUAUUACCUCCUUCUCCUCUACUCAAAAGUCCUUUAAAUCAUACAAGAGAGGCAAAGCUUCCUAGUCCUAUAGGAAAUCCUUCACUCCCUCUAAUGUCCACAAUGAACAACAAUCAGCAGGUGCCACUAGAGGAAAAGUUUGAUAGCAGCAUGGAAAAUUCCUACAUGGAAAAACAUAAAUCCAGGAGCAGUGAUCUCUCGGAUGGUAGUGAUUUUGAAGAUGUCAACACAACAUCUGGGACUGAUUUGGAUACUACCACUGGGACUGGGUCGGACUUAGACAGUGAUGUAGACAGUGAAAGGGACAAAAACAAGGAAAAAAGUAAAACAAUAGAAAAUAAACAAGAUGUUGUAAGCAGUUCUGUGUCCACUAGUUCUAAUAAUAACAUAGGUGAACGGCCCUUUUUCUAUUCACAACAUUCCUUUUUUCCCCCGCCAGAGGAGCAGCUACUUCCAACAAUGGGAGCAGCCAAUGACUCUAUUAAAGCCAUUGCCUCUAUAGCUGAAAAAUAUUUUGGACCUGGAUUUAUGGGGAUGCAAGAAAAGAAAAUGGCUUCACUGCCCUAUCACUCCAUGUUCCCUUUUCAAUUUCUUCCUAACUUUCCACAUUCUUUGUACCCAGCUUUUACUGACAGGACAAUGAAUCAUAAUUUAUUGGUAAAAGCUGAACCAAAGUCACCCAGGGACCAUCAGAAAGUUGGCAGCACUAGCUCAGAGUCACCAUUUGAUCUCACAACCAAACCAAAAGAGAUUAAGCCAGCCUUACUACCACCCAAGGUUUUGCCAUCACAGUCCUCAGGGGAGGAGCAGCCAUUGGACCUCAGUAUUGGCAACAGAAGUAGAGCUAGUCACAAUGGGGCAAGGGAAAAUAGGAAGAACCAUAUAUAUGGUGACAGAAAAUUGAUGGCAAAUGAUAUGCUUUCAAAAAUCCCUCAGCCUCAGCUACCACAACAGCCACCUCUUCACUACGCAAAACCUUCACCAUUUUUCAUGGAUCCCAUAUACAGCAGGGUGGAAAAGCGGAAAGUGACAGACCCUGUGGGGUCUCUGAAGGAUAAAUACUUACGGCCAACCCCCCUGCUUUUUCACCCACAGAUGUCAGCAAUCGAAAACAUGACUGAAAAGUUGGAGAGUUUUGCUAACUUAAAAGCAGACACAGGAAGUUCCUUACAACCUCUUCCGCACCAUCCUUUUAAUUUUCGCUCCCCACCCCCAACUUUAUCAGAUUCAAUAUUACGAAAAGGAAAGGAACGCUAUACAUGCAGGUACUGUGGUAAGAUCUUUCCAAGAUCCGCAAAUCUGACCAGACAUCUCAGGACUCACACGGGAGAACAACCUUACAGAUGUAAAUAUUGUGAUCGGUCAUUCAGCAUUUCUUCAAAUCUUCAACGACAUGUUCGGAACAUUCACAACAAAGAAAAACCUUUUAAAUGUCACUUGUGCAACAGGUGUUUCGGGCAGCAAACAAACUUAGACCGACAUCUUAAGAAACAUGAACAUGAGAAUGUUCCAGUGAGUCAACACUCUGGAGUCAUUACUAACCAUCAUGGGACCAGUGUCUCCUCACCAAAUUCUGAAUCAGAAAACCAUGCACUUUUAGACGAGAAAGAAGAUUCUUAUUUCUCGGAAAUCCGAAACUUUAUUGCAAACAGUGAGCUGAAUCAAGCUUCAAGUCUAGCAGAUAAAAGGACAGAAAUACAAGAUAUCGAUAACAGUUCCAAGUGUUGUGGGCUAACCAACCAGAAAGUAGAAGACGUAGAUGAGGAAGAUGAAGAUGAUCUGGAAGAAGACUAUGAAGAUGGAAGCUUGACAGGGAAAUCACAAGAUGAAACUGUUUCACCCACUAUGGAAACCCAGGAAGCAUUUGAGGAUGAUGAUGAAGAUGAAGAGCCUUCAUCACUUACAAUGAGCUUUGAUCAUACCAGAAGGUGUAUGGAGGAGGAAGAUGCCGGCCUGUUAGAUAUGGAGCAGUUUCCGAAUAUUGGGAAGGGGCUGGACCUUCGAAAAACAGCAGAGGAAGCAUUUGAAGUAAAAGAUGUGUUUAAUUCCACCUUAGACUCUGAGACAUUUAAAGAAACACUAUACAGGCAGGCUAAAAACCAGGCUUAUGCAAUGAUGCUGUCACUCUCUGAAAAUGCUUCUCUUCAUACUUCAUCCCAUAAUUCGCUGGACGCUUGGUUGAACAUAGCAGGAGCUACUUCAGAAGCCGGGACAUUUAAUCCUAUGAACCAUUUGUAAAAAAAAAAAAAUCAAGAAAGCAUCGAAAAAGUUGAAAUUGUUUACCCUCAUCCUUCCAACCGCUAGAGAUAAGACACAUUAUAAGAUCUUCAUAGACUUAUAGGAAGUAAAUCUGCAUAUCCAGCAAACUUUUCCGAUACCAUUUUUUCCCCAUUUACUACUGGUUGAUCGAAUUUUCUCUGUGGCACUUCUUGAAGUUAUUGCAUCACAAAGAAAAAGGAAUAUACUUGGAAUAUCAAGUUUCUGUUCAAUUUGUUUAGAGCAGAUGAGUUACCAAAAGAUUCUUGGAUGAGAAUUGCAUUCCAAAACCACUAGAAUUUCUAGAAAAUUCUAGAAAAAAAAAGAAAAGAAAAUCAUUUCAAAUAAAACUAUAAUAUUCAUAUAAUGGAUGAACAUAUGUUUAUUGUACUGUGCAAAAAAAAAAUCUUUGUAUAAGUAUCUGUAAUAUUGAAUAGUUGUUUAGCUAAUCAUGAGUGUCUUUGUUCCCAUUAAGUUAUUUUGAUAGUUGCUUUACAUAUUUCAUAAAGAGACUAAAUUUAUUUUAGAAAACAAAAAUGGCGUUAGGCUUUAUUUCACCUAUGUGCCUGUCCACAGAGUGUCUCUAUGAAAUGGAACAAGUUUUCUUUUCAAUAGCAACAAUUUAAUAAGGGUUAAAAACAAAAUAAUGUAUACCAUAUACAUAUCAGAAACAAAUAGUUGAAUUAA